AUGGUGAUGGGACGUGUUAGUAUGGGAAAUAUCGAAAUCAAGAAAGUCCAAGAAUUUAAAUAUCUGGGGUCAACAAUGGACAGAGAUGGAGACAUUCCACGAGUUAGCAAGAGGACUGCAGAUCAAGGCAAGGUAUACAGAACUUGCGUGAGACCAGCCAUUAUGUACGGCCUAGAAACAAUCCCCCUCACGAAAGCUGCUGAAAGCAAAAUGGAGGUAGCAGAGAUGAGAAUGCUGCGUUUCUCAUUGGGGCUGACGAGGUUAAAUAGGGUCCCAAACGCGGAAGUUAGAAAGCAGCUGCAAACUAGAAGAUUUGGGGAUAAGCUAAGAGAAAGUAGGCGGAGGUGGUUUGGGCAUGUAAAGAGGGGACCAGAGGACUAUGGUGGACGAAAGUCUUCUCAACUCCAAGAGGCGCAGUCACCACCCUCCAACCCACUCAAGGUUCCCUCCGAGUAG